UUUUCUGUUCCACCGCCAACAAUGGGUCUUCCAUCCCGUCCCCCAUGUCGAGUCCUCAUCAUCGGCGGUGGCAUCUCCGGCCUCGCAAUGGCUUGUAAGCUCAAGCGAGCCUUCAAUCUCGAUGACUACUGCAUCUAUGACCGGCAGAGCAGUUUAGGGGGUACCUGGUGGGCCAAUACCUAUCCUGGAUGCGCCGUUGAUGUCCCGGGCUUUACCUACACCUUCUCCUUUGCCCCAAACCCACAUUUCACUCGCUUAUUCCCACCUCAAGAAGAGAUUCUCGAGUACCUCUCUACUGUUGCAAUUCAGUAUGACGUGGAUCGCCAUUUCACAGGUCACACCGAAUGGACAGGGGCAGCCUGGCAAGAAAAGACAAGAACGUGGAUCGUGACACUGCAGGACCUCAACACCGGCCAAUCCUUUACACAGGAAUGUCAAAUCUUAGUUUCCGCUGUGGGAGGAAUUGUCAAUCCCCAUGAACUCAAAAUCCCCGGGGUUGAGAACUUCCAGGGGGGGAUCAUUCACACGGCACGAUGGCGACACGACGUGGAUCUCACAAACAAGCAUGUGGCUGUCAUUGGGAAUGGAGCAUCUGCCAUACAGCUAGUCCCUGCCAUUGCAGACCGGGCCAAGUCCAUCACCCAGUUCAUGAGGACACCACAUCACAUUGUUCAGGCCAACAACUACAACAUCUCCCCCACCUGGCGAGCCAUCUUCCACCAGAUCCCUAUUCUCCUCUACGUCCUCCGUCUGUUUAUGCUACUCUAUAUGGAGACCGCCUUCUUCCAAUUCCUCAACACCCCAAACGGCAAGACUCGCCGCCUGGCGUCCGAAAAAGCAAGUCAAGAAUACGUUCAAAACACAGCACCUGAACAAUACUGGGACCUCCUCAUUCCAAAAUACGAAUUCGGCUGCAAACGCCGCCUCUUCGACCACACCUAUCUCACCUCCCUCCACCAAACCCACAAGGUUACCCUAACGAACGACCCCAUAGUCUCCCUCACCAAAAAUGCCAUAAAAACACAGCACGGGUCCUCUAUACCCGUCGACAUCAUCAUCUUAGCAACAGGCUUCAGCCUAACCCAAUAUACCACCCCUCUAGAAGGCCGAAACCACAAAACCCGGGCCCAGCACUGGUCCACCUACGGGCACAAAGCAACCUUUAAGACCGUCGCGAUGCACGGAUUCCCCAAUUUCUUCUACGUCCUUGGACCAAACUCAGGGAGGUUAUAUACCUCGACCGUGCAGGUUAUUGAAAGGUACGUUCUACUUUCCUCCUUGUGCAAAGAUUUGUUAACAGAUAUUCCCGAAAACAGCGAAGUAGAUCUAAUCAUCUCCACCAUAACGCCCAUCCUCCGGGGCGAAGCAACAACAGUCGAAGUAAAAGAGGAAAGUGAACGAAUAUUUGAUGAACAGUUACAUCAGGCGAUUGAGGGGACGGUGCAUGGGACCGGAGAGGGGGGGUGUUCUAGUGUGAGUUUUCUUUUUCCUUAUCUCCCCCCCCCCACCCCUCCCUUCCCUUCCCUUCUACUGCUUUUUGUCAUGAUUUGUUGCUUUUUAUGA